AUGGCGGAGGCGAUGGACUUGGGCAAAGACCCCAAUGGGCCUACCCAUUCUUCGACUCUGUUCGUGAGGGAGGAUGGCAGCUCCGUGUCCUUCUACGUGCGUCCCAGCCCGGGGAAGAGCCGGCUCUCCACGCUCAUCCUGCACGGCGGCGGCACCUUGUGUCGCGUGCAGGAGCCCGGGGCCGUGCUGCUGGCCCAGCCUGGGGAGGCGGCGGCUGAGGCCUCGGGCGACUUCAUCUCCACGCAGUUCACCCUGGACUGCGUGGAGCGCAACGAGAGGCUCGAGCUGGAGGCCUACCGGCCGGGCCCGGCUCCGGCGGCCGACGAGGCCCCGGAGACGAAGGCCGGGGGCGCCGCCGCGGAGCCCGAGCCGCGGCCGCACGCGGGGUGGGUCGUCUCCGCGGACGCGAACGACGUGGCCAUCUUGACCUGCGUGAAGGAACGUGCCCGCUCGGCCAGCUCCGUCACCGGCAACGCCUUGUGGAAAGCGAUGGAGAAGAGCUCGCUCACCCAGCACUCGUGGCAGUCCAUGGAGGACCGCUACCUCAAGCGCCUGCGGGGCCAGGAGCAGAAGUACCUGUCGGGGGAGGCCCCAGUGAGUCCCUCCUCCCAGAAGCUCAAGCGGAAAGCAGAGGGCGACCCCGAGGUGGCUGACGGCGAGGAACCACAGUAUAAGAGAACUCCAGACUUCCCUAAAGAAGAAUUUGAAAAAGAAGAGAUCAAGGAGAAUGAAGAAGCAGUCAAAAAGAUGCUUGUAGAAGCCACCCGGGAGUUUGAGGAGAUUGUGGAGGACGAGAGCCCUGAUUUUGAAAUACAUAUAACAAUGUGUGAUGACGAUCCACCCACACCUGAGGAAGACUCAGAAACACAGCCUGAUGAGGAAGAAGAAGAAGAAGAAGAAGAAGUUUCUGCACCAAAGGUGGGAGCUGCCAUUAAGAUCAUCGGACAGUUAAUGGAAAAGUUUAACUUGGAUCUGUCAACAGUUACACAGGCCUUCCUAAAAAAUAGUGGUGAGCUGGAGGCUACUUCUUCCUUUUUAGAGUCUGGUCAGAGGGCUGAUGGGUAUCCCAUUUGGCCCCGACAGGAUGACUUAGAUUUGCAAAAAGGUGAUGAGAGUACUCGAGAUGCAUUGGUCAAAAAAUUUGGUGCUCAGAAUGUAGCUCGGAGGAUUGAAUUCCGAAAGAAAUAAUUGGCAAGAUAAUGAAGAAAAAAAAAGGUUUGUGACCACUGAACUUCACAGAUUUUUACAUUGGAACUGACACUCAUUUUUCGACCAAUGCUGUUGUUGUUCUGUCAGUCCUAGAUUUUGUAGCUAAGCAAAGUUGUGUAGGAGGAUGAAAUAAAAGAAGUUGGAUAUAUUUAGAGCUGUUCCUGGUAAUAUCAGUUAUGAAAGGAAAAUCGA